GUGCAAAGAACAACGCCAUUGUCUUCAUGCAAGAGAAGGGGAAACAGGCCGCGUUUUCCUCUUCUUUUGAGCACAAAAGGACUGCUAUCUGCAACUGAAAGAGGAGCACUGGAAGGAGGGCAAAUACAUUGCUGAUAUCAGGAGGCGGCUUCCAGACAAUGGCCGCGUGCGGCAGAUGGAUGAGCAAAGGGGGAAGAAGUGGGUGAUGUCGUCGUCAUCCCUUGGCUGAGGGAGAGGACAUGAUGGCGCCCUGUUUUGCUUCCCGGGAUGGGCUUUGCUUGUGUGAUUUUUUGUACAUUGAAUGCAGUGUCUUUUGACCCUCUGUUUUAUGCCUUUCAUCUCUUGGAAAAGAAAAGUAUUGAACAGACUACUGAAGAAUGGAUUUUUAAUCUUUUUAAACAAGUGAAGCAUCUUUUAAAAUCUACUUAAUUGAGAUUUCUGCCUCUGUGUUAAGCAGUCCAUCAUGUCCAAAUGUGUAGAAUAUGGGGCGAUCAUAGGAAACUGGGUGAAGAUUGACUUACUGAUCACCUUGGAGGUGGAAGGCCAGGAACAUAACUAGAUUUACUAAACUGAGGAAAUCCUGGAACUCUUGAGUACUUCUGCACAAGAGUCUCUUAAAUAACGAAGAGUACAAAAAUAGUAAAUUACAGAGUACUUUAGGAAAAAUGCCAUCUGAACAAGAACCAUCCUUUUGCAUCCAAAAUACAAGUUUGUUACAUAACAAUGAGUUAGACAGAACAAGUGUUCCUACAUUGGAUACUUCUGUUAAGGGGUAUAUAACUCAACCUGCAAUUUCAGAUAUUCUCACCUAUGGACUGAGAAAUGUGAAAAUAGAGCUGCCUAGGGUAAAUAUUCCAAAUGAAGUGCUAUGUACACAUGAAAUUGACAGAUACAUGAAAGUAUUUCAAUGUAAAGAAAAGCCUGCAAGAGCCUUUUCCAUGCACAUGGAUGUGAAUGGAAGCAACUUUUCUGAGACUGAUAUUCCACAUAGUAAACCAAGACUGAAUUAUGAGGAGGGAUUGAAAACAUCUGCAAAGAUACUGAAUUUUAGCUGUACCAAAUGCAGAAACAAUGUUAAGUACAGUCCAAAUGAUCUGCAGAAGCAUUUCCAGCUGUUACAUCGUGGAGAGUUGCCAUCUUACCCCUGUGAAAUGUGUAAUUUUUCAGCUAAUGACUUCCAAUCAUUUAAUCAACACCGUCGAACACAUCGUAGCACUUUAGUAAAAUGUGAAAUCUGUAAUGAUGAUAAUAGAUAUACUUUGUUGGACCUAACAAAACAUUUCACAUCUAGGCACUGUGUAAAUGGCCAUUUUCAAUGUGAAAGAUGUAGAUUUUCCACCCAUGAUGUUGGCACAUUUGUUCAGCAUAUUCAUCGGCACAAUGAAAUACAAUAUAAAUGUGAUAAAUGUCACCAUGCAAGUUUUUCAAAAGAAGAGUCUCAGAAACAUGUUGCUUCACACACUGGCACAUUUCCUUUCAGUUGUCAAUAUUGUAACUACAUGGCAUCUCGGAAAAACUAUCUUUUAAAACAUAUUAUUACAUUACACAGAGACCACCUCUAUGCAAAAGAUAAAACGGAUACAGAUAACAAUGAGAAGAUGAAGAAAACUUCAACAGGACUAAAACUUAUCUUGAAAAGGUACAAAACAGGUGCAUCGAGGAAGGCCCUGUGGAGACGCAAAAGAAUGACUACUGGCAGUUGUAGAACUGGAGAAGAGGACAGACAAGUUCUCAAAAACGCAAAGGAAAUGCAGCCUAAAUCUGAAGAGCUAGGCCAGCCUACAAAAGAAUUACACCUCAAUGAAGACAACAAUCUUCUAAAUGAAAGGCAUAUCUACAGUGGGGCAAAAUCCUCUCCAGCAAUACCAUACAGUAGAGCAGAAGAUGGCUUGGGUUCUGGCGUGCUGAAAAAAGCUGUUCAUGGUCCUACAGUUUUGAUGGUUAAAAACAACAAAAUAUCUGUUCCUGCAAAUUACAGUGCUAAAUUUAUGGGCUUCAAGGUGGUUGAUGGAAAACAGCAUAUAGUAAUAAAACUGCUCCCUACAGAUAAACAGAAUUUGCCAACAGAAAAUAAGGUUGAUGGGGUAAAAGAUGGCUCAACUGAAUGUCUGCAGCAGACAGCUGACAACUUCAAUUUACCUUCCGCUGCUGGACCUCAUGAAAUUAAUCAGCAAAUAUCUAGAAAUAAUUCUGUUCACUCAUUGGCAUCAUCUCCAUUGUCAUUUUCUAAUCAAUAUUCAGGAAAAAUAAAGCAAGAAAGUCCAGAUUAUUUUAGUUUGAAUACAUCUCGAACAGUAGAACCUCAAAUUGUAAUGGUAGGAAACUGUACAACUCGUCUGCCAGCAAAACCAGAUUCUUCACUUCCUUGUGAUUUUGUGGCUAAGGCUGGAAAUAGAGAUUCUUCAUGGAGGAAUUGUGUACCUCAGGACCAUUCUCAGGUUUUAUCCUCUGCUGGUGCACACAUGCUACAUUAUGACCCUAUGAAAAAAACCUUUCCUACAGAAUUAAAAUUACGGAAUGGUGAAGUAAACAACAGUAAAUACAAUAAUAUCUACUGCCCAUCAACUGAUUUUUCUAAUCAAGUACCACUGCCUUUCCAUAAUUAUUCCAAAAUAGAUACUUUGGAUAGCUCCAAACACCAUAUGUCCAACAGCGCCUUUUGUCUCCAGAGUAGGCCUGUAAAUGAAACCACUUAUCUGCAACAACAAACAGUGUUAAAUCUAGAAAGAAGAUCUUCAUUGCUGUCUCUUCAUGGCUUUGUAAAUACAAACAAUGUUCCAGUAUUUUCAGCUAACCAAUCCAAUUAUGCUACUGACAGACAGCAUCCUAUAGAAAAUCAUGAUGAUCAGCAGCAUUUGAAUACAAAGGUAAAUCAAGUGUUGGAACAUGUAGCUGAAAAAUCAAAACAAGAAAAUGCCUCUAAUUGUGUAAAUACAUCACUUAUGCCUAAAAUAACAUCUGUUUUCUCACUCCAGAGUGCUCAGGCAUCCAACUAUUUGUCACCUGAAGUAAACCAGUCAUUACAAGAUGUUCUAAGAGGGCAACCUGCUACUCAGCCACUCAACUAUAUAAAAACUGGUUAUGACAACUCAUUUCCAAAUAAUAAAAUGGAUUGUAAAACAUUUGCACACUUCAGAGAUUCAGCUGCUGCAUGCAGUUUAACCAAUUCUCCUGUUAAAUUCAAGAGAGAGUUGAAUGCGAAUGGCAGUGCAACGAAUGAAGGUGUGUAUUUUAGGAAUGAAGGACGACUCCCAGUGAUGGCUCAUAGAACAGACGAAAUGCAUUCUACUUCAAGGACAACAGGCGUUGGUGCAUUGCUUAAAAGUCAAACAGAUUCAAUUUUAGCACAGCAGUUGGAAAAACACAAGAUGCACUACAGUUUGAAUGUCCCUAAUGCUACCCGUCCAAUGCUUCCAGAACAGAAGAAAUCAGUGCUACUUCAGUCAUCUCUCCCAAGGUUUUUUGUACCUUUGCGCCUUGCCCAUCAACAAGGAUUACAUGUUAUUUCAGGGAAGCCUCCAAAAAACAGUUCAUCAGAUGUUCAGGCAACAAGAGCUACACCUUUACUUUUAAACAAAGGACCUGGAAUGAUCUUGACUUUUGGUAGUGGCUCAAUUGGAACAAUUGCAAAUGCCACUGAAAAUAGUUCUCAGGUUUUAGAGAAAAUUGCAUCUAAAGAGUGUGGUAAAGAAGAAAUAGCUACAUCAGGUAUGAAAUUUAAAAUAGACAGCUCUGGCAGUAUAAGAAAUUAUUCUGGUGUUAGUGGGACAGCGGUUGCUUCAUCCACUGGCAUGUCCUACAAGGAGCAACUUAACAUGACAAAUUCAGAGAGCAGAAUUUCUUCCGUGAAAAUACAGGCUGGACAUCAAGGCAGUAAUGUUGCUACCUCGGAGUCAAUAAAACAACCAGAGGUUGGACAAGAACAACCUGUUUAUGCACUUUUGCCUGAUGGUAGACAAGCAGUUUUUCUUAAAUGUAUGUCGCCAAACAAGUCCCUAGUACAGAAGCAUAAUGUUAUUCAAGGUACUGCUAAUAGUCAAAAUUGUGAACCAAAGAAAACUGGAGCAAUGCAACAAAAGCUUUUUUUGAAAAUUAAGACCUUUCCUGCUGCUGACAAUUGUCAGCCAAUUAGCAACAUUAAGUCAUCUUUACAGUUCAAUAAUAUGCAUUCCCUUAAUAGUCCUGCACUAGAUCAGAAAAAGGCAGCUUUUUCUUCUAGCAACGCCUUACUGCUUCCAGGUACAUUGAUGCCAGCAAAUGCCUGUUUGGCAACUGAUAAAUCAAAGGAUCCUACUACUUCUGUAGAAUCUGUACAUUCCCUUAGGAAUUUAAAGACACGGUCACAAAAGAUUCCAUCUGAUUCAGCACAAACAGUUAGUGCUAACAAAGGGAAUGCUUUUGGAACCCAGAUGUCAACCGGGCCACCGACAAACAAAUUUUCAAAAGCUAAACGUCAUUCAAAGCAAACUGGUGCUAAAGUUUCUGAUGCUACGGUUUCACAGAAGAACAGGAAUUUGAAACGGAAAGUUAAAGAUGGCCUUCAAGAACCUCCUAGAAAGAAAAUGUUGCAUCGAAAAUGUAAAGCGAAAAAUCAAAUGGAUGUGAAUGAAUUUGAAUCCUUAAUUCGCACCCCUUGUAGACCAAGAUUGUCAAAAGACACUGUGAGGAUUCUAAAGCUACUUCCAUUUAAUUCCAAACAAUUAAUCAAAUGCCCCCGAAGAAAUCAGCCAGUUGUAGUGCUAAACCAUCCUGAUGCAGAUGUUCCAGAAGUUGUAAAUGUUAUGAAGACUAUUGCUAAAUUUAAAGGACAUGUGCUAAAGGUCUCCUUGUCAAAGAGAACUAUUGAUGCUCUUUUGGAGCCAGCAGAUUAUAACAGUUUGUACAUAAUUACUAAUGAUCUCUCUCGAAGAAAACGCAAAAUGCUCAAACCUGUAAGUCCUGUAAAAGAAAGGUUUGUUUUAAAAUUAACACUGAAGAAGACGAGCAAAAACAAUUAUCAGAUUGUGAAAACUACCUCUGAUAAUACGCUGAAAACUAAAUUUAGGUGCUGGUUUUGUGGGAGGAUAUUUGACAAUCAGGACAAUUGGGUAGGACAUGGACAGCGUCAUCUAAUGGAAGCCACUCGAGACUGGAGUUCAUUAGGGUAAUUUAUUGUGAUGACUGAAAAAGACAAAAGAGCUCAUCUGCUUGCAGAUUAUUUUGGAUGACAGCAUCAAAAUGAUGUUUUUAAAAGAAACAAAUGUGUUAACACCUAAAAUUAUCCUGUAUGAAUUUAAUUUAAAUAGCUUCAAUUGCAGUUCAAAUUGCAUUUUGUUACUACUAUCAUGUGAUAUAUUUAGAGAAUGAAUUUCAGGGCUUUUGUUAUGUAUAUAUUUAAAAAUCAAAGUGUGUACAUAUUUUUAUACUUCAGUUAUUUGCUAUAAAAUCUUGCACAGGAAUUGUAUUUUUUCAGCUCUGUGCAUGCACUACUAAAAAAAUGUUUUUCAGCUACACACAGCUAUUGCCGUAUUUUUCCUCGCUCUUUCAAGACAACCCCCCUUUUCUUUUCCAGGGAUGAACACUGUUGUUAGCAAGUGCCUAAAAGAUGUGAAGCAGUUUACUUUGUGUCAACUGUAUAACCACAGGCCCUCAUAGGGCCAGGUUUUCUAACAGUUUCUUUUAAACAAAGCCAUAUGUGAAUGCUUUAAGCUAUAUUGCUAUGCACAUGACACUUGUACUAUUUCUGUGCAGUUUGUCUACUUUCUUAGUGAAGUAUUUUUCAUAUAAAUCAAUAAACAUGUUAUUGUGUUUAAGCCUGAUAAUGAGAUCAGUUGUAAAUAUAAUGUAUUCACAAUUUGUACAGUACAUUGAAGAACAUUCCAAGUGGAUGUUUGACAUCCCUAUUAAAUCAGUAUGAUUUGUGUUAUACUGAAUAAUUUUGCCACCAGAUGUAUAUAAAGGGCAGCCUGUGGCUGUGGUGGCUUUGGUUUUGCUAGAAAUCGGAUUAUGGCUAUUUUUCUGUAAGUCUUUUUGUGUGGCUAGAGAGUAUAACUUAGUUUUUAAAGAGUGCUCCAAUCUAGAUUUUCUUAUCCCAUACAUUGAUGCCUCAUAAAAUACUGGAGUAUUUGUCACUCCACAAUAGGAAAGAAAACCCUCUUAUAUUUGGUUAUCUUCUGAUUUGGACAAAAAACUCUGCAUUUUGAUUGUGGUCUCUUUAAUUGUUGAAUAGAUUUUUGUCUUUUUGACAGUAUAGCACUGGCUGCUAUGUUCUAGAAAUGGUAUCAGGUUUUUACUCAAGAUUCUCAGGCUUUUAGUUGUGUUGAUUCACAAUCCACUAUACAAACUACUGUCCUCUUAUAGCCUGCAGUCAGUCUUUAUUUCUCCUUGUAGGCUAGAGAUUACAUCUUUAAAUUGUCUGGCCUGUUCAGAUAUUACUUACGGGACAGAAAGGAGAGAAAUCUCAAUUUGGCAGAAGUGAUUGCUGAUUGUGCCCUCCCCCUUUGUCAUAAAAUGGAAGUUGCAAUAAUCCAUGUUGUAACACAGAACAUUGCAUCUCUGAUUUUGGAAAAAACUGUGUUGGACAUCUUCGGCAUUUAAAUAAGUAUAUGAUAGCCUGGAUCAAACAGUAGUUUUUCUCCUAUCCCCUGCCAAAGUGAAAGGGAUAAAGAGAAAUACACCUGUCCCAACACCUACUAGUGUUGAGACAACUUUGUCCCUAGCAAGUCAAGUCUGAACAGGCAUUUUGUGAAUAAUCCGUAUUGAUAGAAAUAACAAAUACUUAAUUUUUGUGUUGUAAGGCCAGGGAGUAAUUUGAGUAUUGGCAGUGUUUCAGUACCUAAGUUAUAUAUUGGUCCUCUGUAGAAAAUUUAGACAUAUCUGAAGGGAAUUGAGCAGGGAGAAAAAUCAAGUGUAAUGAGCAGUAACAGGUUCACAUUUGUAUUUUUUAACUUUUUCCAGUGUUUAAAUCGUUCCGACAAAGUAAAGUAUCUCAGGAAAAUGAUGUGCUUUUAAACAAGAAAUGCAACUCAGAAUUACCUCUUAAAAAUUCCCCUGCACAUGCUUGGUGUUAAUAAAUUUGUUAUAGAGAUAUAUUGUUCUUUAAUUGUGUUGAAUAAUUUUAAACAAUGAGUAAAGCACCGGUCUUUAUGGUAACAUUCAGUAAUUACCUUGCCGAUAGAAAUUUAUAGUUUUAAAAAAUGGUCUUAGUUACUUGAGGUGACAUCCUCAGAUACAUUACAGGAUGCGCACUUUUUAAAAAGGUAGCUACAAUAUAAGUUUACUAAAGGAGGUAGUAUGGUGUAUCUAUUUCCAUGUGUGGACAUUCCAACUUUUAUAUUCAUAAUUAUUUUGGGUAUUUAUAAAAGAAAAUAUUUCAUAAUGACACAAGCCUCACCUUGAAUGUAAGAGUUUGAACAAACAUGCAAGCCAGAAAGGAGAUCUUGUAAGGCUGUUGCUAGACUUUUAAAUAUUUAUAUGCCAUCCACAAAGGUUCAGCCACAUGGCUUGAGCUGUAGAGCAGCCAGGCAGUGUAUUUGUAAUGUGGCUUUUGUUCUCUGCUACAGCACAACUACUUUUAAUGCUGCAUGAGUGGGUGUUUGUAAGGUGACUGUAAUUUUUUUGCCACUAAUUUUUUUUGUAACAUUGCUAUUAAAUUUUAAUCCGUUGUCACAGUUAA